CCCGAAAAUUCAGCAUCUCCCCCCCAAACAGUCCAACUUAGUCUAUAUGCUUUCUACACUCAUCUUUGCUCGAUCGCUCGAUCAGAGUUUGAUCUUGAUAUGACCUCAAAUCCGCUAGCUGAUAAUUGGGUUUCGACUAUAAAUUCAAUUUGGGAUUUGGGUUCUUUGCUUUAUCAUCAUCUUCGUUUUUCCCAAUCCACACCCGUUUAAUACGAUUUCUUAUUCUUUUUACCUGAAGAUGGCAAGUGGUAUCUUCUGUGGUCUGUUUCACUAUCUGUUUUUUGUGUAUUUGGCAUUUUCUUUUGUGGGAUUGCAGAAUUUUGUUCUGGGUCGGUUGAUCUUCGUUUCAAAACCCGACCCGGAUAAUGCUGCGUCCACUGCUCGUUGGUUGGUUUCUCAGAAUUCAUGGGGAAUCUUGAGCACCAUCUCAAGUGAUUUCGGAGGAGCGCCUUUUGGGAAUGUGGUUUCGUAUAGUGAUGGGCCGCCAAACGAAGGCCAGGGCAUACCAUAUUUCUACUUAACUACUCUCGACCCAACUGCAAAGUAUGCAAUCUCUGAUGAGAGAGCUUCAUUUACACUCAGCGAGUACCCUAUUGGAACUUGUGGCAAGAUUGAUCCAGAAAACCCGACGUGCGCAAAAAUUACGUUAAUCGGGAAGCUGAAGCAGAUGGAGCCUAAUUCCAAAGAAGUAGAGUUUGCUAAAACUUCCUUGUUCUCAAAGCAUGCAGAGAUGAAAAACUGGCCAAAGGGUCACGAUUUUCGAUUCUACAAAUUGGUAAUAGAGAGCAUAUUCUUGAUCGAUUGGUUUGGUGGACCUAAGCCUCUUACAGUCGAUCAAUAUCUUCAUUUGAAACCGAAUGAGCUCACAUCCACUGUAUGAAUUUGUACAAUCUGAUCUUCCUUGUCCAUAUCAGCUUCCUGGGUUUAAACUGUGGAGAGUUUGUACAGAAUCAUUGCUUGUGGUGGUGGGAAUUAGGGGAAGAAUAUAGAUGCGUUCAUUUGUGUAUUAUUAUAAAUAAAUUUGUAACAAGAAGUUUGAUAAAUGUGUUUAUGAUAGGUUACUACUGAACUUUCAAGUUUCUGUAUUACAAACUUUUUAUUAAAUUGAAAUUCAUAAAAACUAAUUGAUCUAUUAAA